UGGUCAAACUUUCGCUGCCUGUUUUUCACUUUUAUCGACUUGGGCUCCCCGACGUCGCCCGUUCCACACCCGUUUUCGCGAUGCUGUCGGGCCGAGGGGGCUUCAUUCCGUUCCACGCUCGGACUCGGGGUCGCGCGAGACCGUGGUGAAGGGGGUGGGGGGGGAAAAAAGGGCGAGAAGGACGAGGAAAAGAUGUAUAGAUGGCGCGUGUCCGUAGCGGUGACGCUGGGCCUGCUUUGGUACUUCACCGAAUCCGGACGAGCCCUCGCUCAGUAUUUUAUGUGUUUCUUCUUUUUUUGCCUUUCCACGCCGCUUUUGCUGGCCAACAGCGGCCGGGAGAGCAGCACGCAAACCGACGAGGACGCCGUCCAGGAGACUCUUGAUGAGCACUUUAGUGGCGACUUAACUGCAGAAGGUACUGACAAUGACGCCGGGGUCUCCCUGGGGCGCCGCUAUCCUCACGUCAAAAGAUCUCUUCAGCAAGUGUUCCACUGCACUUACGCUCAGCUGGUGUUGCCAUGGUACGACGUACCCGAGCCGUGGGAGCGCCAGCCCCUGCACCAGACGUUCAGCAGGGAAUUUGACUACGUCAUCGACAGCGUUAUCAAGCACACGCGGGACCUGGACGUCUGUCAGGUGGUGGUGGGCUCCAUCCGUAUUCUGACCCAGCACUUGCACGAUGCAAAGCACCCCGACAGGCAGCUUUUUUUUAGCUGCAGAGGUGAAGAGAUGGCGCUGCUCCGAGAGCUCUCGGAUGCUCUGGUACGUAACCUGCUUCCGGAGCACCUGUGGGGCCAACAAGUCACCCGCUGUGCCUUGACUGAGAUUGUUGCCUUAAAGGGUCUGGGCCUGUUGGUGUCAUGGUUGUCUGACCCUGACAACCUGAACCAGCUGGUGGUGAGUCAGCUGGACAGCGUAUCUGCUAAAGGUUCCACGGAGGAGCUGAGAGCCUCCGACCCGGAACGAGGUUCUCUGGACUCGCAGGAGGACGACAGCGCUCAAGUGAACUUGGAGGGAGUGGAAGUUUCCACCAGCAGCCAAAUCAAGGGCAAAUGCAAAGGCAACAAAUUGAAGGCGGGCUGGUCCAAAUUCGUGUACAAGAUGAAGACCAAGAAAGCCAAGAAGAAGAAGAUGAAAAAGCUGGAGCGAGAGCUGGUGAUGAGGAUCAUGGCGGCUCAGGGAGACGCAUCCAACGAGGACGAGGCCAGCAGCAGGGAGGGCUCCGUGCACAGUCAGCACGACUCUGACAGGGACGACAGCGAUCUGGAGAACUACCUGACAAGCGUCCAAGAGGACAUGAUGGAAUUCAAGCUGUCUUAUGAAAUGUGGCGCGUCGGCCGCUGGGCGGUCAGCAUCCCUCAUGCGGAGUGUGAAAAUGAGGAGCUAAUCUUCACGGUUCAUCUGGAGGAGAGGGACAGCCCUGAAAACCUACAGUGGGACAUUAGGAAGAAAUACAUGGAGGUCAUCUAUUUCAGAAACAGGUGGCAGGACUCCACCAGCUUGCCCAGUAUCUUGGAGGUCAACGAGCUGGAAGUCAGCAACGAGACCAAAGAAGAAGCAAAAGUUUCCGUUGAGCACUUCCUGCAGGAAUUAAUUUCAGAUCCUAUGAUUGGGCACACACAACCGGUGUUCCAGUUCCUCUGUCCACUGGACAAGCUGCUGAAUGAAGAGCAGCAUUACGGAGGCGUGUGGGGCUUACUCAGCGGCUUGGCUUACUUUCUCACUCCUGGACAAGAAGAUGAAGAGAGCUGUACCCCACCAACAGGAUCCUCUAAAGAAAUCAUCAGCAUGUCCACAGAAGGUUCGGAAAACUCCCUCGGCUCCACGAGACGAGUCGCACUGUUAGCACUGUUUCACUUCCCACCAUUGUCAUCUCCUCGUGCGAGACGCCCGAGGGAGACAACAAGGAAACAGAGAACAACCCGUGCUCAUCUUUAAUCUCGAACUCUUCUGUCGGAAACUGUUCCCACGACAAAACGGAGGAUUCCGACAAUCCUUUAACGCACUUUAAAAUGAUCAUCAAGGGACUAACCAGAUCCAGAUCGCAGGAGUCCCUGUCUGCCGCUAAAAA